GUCGUCGACUUCGACGAUCCCAAUCUCGACAGGGAUGCGCUCGAAGGGCUCGACUUCGAGGAGGACUCCCCAUAUCCUGAGGUCCGAUCUGCGGUUGCCAACACCGACGACCCCACCAUGCCUGCAUCUACUAUUCGCACAUGGGUCUUGGGUGUCAUUUGGGCCAUGAUCAUCCCUGGCAUGAACCAGUUCUUCUUCUUCCGCUACCCUUCGGUUACCGUUGGUAGUUUCGUCGCUCUGCUGAUCACAUUUCCCAUCGGCCGUGCUUGGGCAAAGUUCAUGCCUCGUGUGAAGCUUUUUGGUGUUCCUCUUAAUCCUGGUCCAUUCAGCGUUAAAGAGCACGUCUUGAUAACUAUCAUGGCGAGCGUCGGGGCUUCCUCGGCGUAUGCGACGGACAUCAUCGCCGUACAACGCGUUUACUACAGCCAGGACUACAACUUCGGAUAUCAAUGGAUGGUUGUCAUGAGCACGCAGCUGAUUGGGUUCUCUAUCGGAGGCAUCCUGCGCAGGUUCCUCGUACAGCCACCUUCGAUGAUCUGGCCAGUUAACCUGGUUACUUGCGCGCUGUUCAACACGUUGCACCAGCAGCACUACGCUGGUAUGGGUACCCGUGGAGGUAUCAGCCGUGAACGUUUCUUCCUCUAUGUAUUCGUCGGCUCGUUCUGCUGGUACUGGUUCCCCGGCUACAUCUUCCAAGCACUGUCCUACUUUAACUGGGUGUGCUGGAUCGUUCCAAACAACGUUGUCGUGAACCAGCUUUUCGGAUAUACGAGUGGCCUGGGGAUGUCAUUGAUUACGUUCGACUGGUCUCAGAUUGCCUACAAUGGUUCUCCCUUACCAACGCCUUGGUGGGCAGAGGCCAAUAUUGCUGUCGGCUUCGUUUUCUUCUUUUGGAUCCUCGCGCCUAUUCUUUACUACACGGACACGUGGUACAGCGCUUGGUUGCCAAUGUCAUCAAGAGGAUCCUUUGAUCGUUUCGGCAAUGCCUACAACAUCAGCGCUAUCAUCAACGUUGAUGCUUCGCUCAACGUUGAGAAGUAUGAGGCGUACAGCCCGUUGUUCCUCUCGAUCACGUUCGCCAUGUCCUACGGUCUGUCAUUUGCGUCCAUCACCUCCAUCUUUACGCACACCUUCCUGUACUUCCGCAAGAUGAUCUGGGUGCAGUCACGCCGAUCCAUGCACGAGCAGCCUGACAUCCAUGCCCGCCUGAUGUCGAGGUAUCGGCAAGUACCGGAGUGGUGGUAUGCUGUCAUCCUUGUCACCAUGUUCGUAUUCGGUAUCAUCUCCAUUGAAGUCUGGCAUACCGAAUUCCCUGUCUGGGCGUUCGUUUUAAGUCUGAUCAUAUCCUUCGUGUACUGUGUCCCAGUCGGCAUGAUCCAGGCAAUCACCAACCAGCAGCUCGGGCUCAAUGUCAUCACUGAGCUGAUCAUCGGCUACGCGCUGCCUGGCAGGCCGAUUGCCAUGAUGAUGUUCAAGACGUGGGGAUACAUUACGAUGGCACAGGCGCUGCAGUUCACGUCAGAUUUCAAACUGGGACACUACAUGAAGAUCGACCCUCGUCAGAUGUUCUGGAGCCAGGUCGUCGCAACUGUCAUUGCGGGCACCGUCCAACUCGGAGUGCAGGCGUGGAUGUUCACCAACAUCCCUGACAUGUGCUCAUCCACCCAGCAGAAUGGUUUCAUUUGUCCGUCAACGGAGGUGUUCGGUACAGCAUCUUUCAUCUGGGGAGUUAUCGGCCCAGCACGUCAGUUCUCGAAAGGACAGCUCUACUACGGCCUUGUGUGGUUCUUCCUGGUUGGCAUGCUUUGCCCGCUAGGCGGCUGGCUCAUUUCCCUGAGGUAUCCCAACUCGUGGGUCAAAUACGUCAACUUCCCCGUCAUCUUCAGCGGGACUGGUAACAUUCCGCCAGCUACCGCUGUCAACUACGUCCCAUGGGCUAUCGUUGGGUUCAUCUUCAACUACAUCAUUCGUAGACGUCACUUCUCCUGGUGGACGAAGUACAACUAUGUGCUGUCCGCGGGUUUGGACUCCGGGCUUGCCGUGUCGAUCAUCGUGAUCUUCUUCUGCGUGCAAUACCCGCGCGCAGGGAAGAUUGGCGCAGACACACUGCAGAAGUGGUGGGGAAAUACUGUGUUCCUGGACAAUGCGGAUGGUCGAUCUGCUAGCUACAAGGUUGUCGAGUCUGGCGGAUACUUCGGGUGA